AUGGAAAAUGGAAGCUCGGCGCCCUCCGGAUCAUCUGCCCUUCAUGGCUGUAUGCAAGAAUACAAACUCUUCGAGACUCAAUCGAAUUUCUACAUGAUUGGUUGGAAUGGUAGUGGAGUGUAUAGAGUACUAAAGAUAGACCGGCUUGAUGCGUCUGAGCUUAAUGUCAGUGAGGAUUCGACUUCGUAUACUAAAAAAGAAUGCUACGAGUUGCUGAAACGGAUACACGAAGGCAACAAAGCGACAGGCGGACUCAAACUUGUCACUGUUUGUUAUGGCAUCAUCGGGUUCAUUAAGUUUCUGGGACCCUACUACAUGUUGCUUAUAACUGAAAGAAGAGAGAUAGGUGAAAUCUGUGGUCACCGGGUCUAUGAAGUGGCAAAGAGUGAGAUCAUUUCAUUGCAAAGUUCUAGUGUGCUUUGCAACAUUGCAAAUUCAAGAGACGAGAAUAGGUACAAGAGGCUCCUGUGUGUGGUGGAUCUUACAAAAGACUUCUUUUUCAGCUAUUCUUACAAUAUAAUGCGGAGUUUCCAGAAGAAUAUAUGCGAUCAUGAGAGUGGAGGUGCUCUCUAUAAGAAAAUGUUUGUGUGGAACGAAUUUUUGACUCGGGGAAUUCGGCAUCAUCUUCGGAAUACUGUGUGGACUGUAGCAUUGGUGUAUGGUUUCUUUAAGCAGACAACUCUUUGUGAAGCUGGACGGAAUUUCAAACUCACUCUUAUUGCUAGGCGUUCCCGCCAUAAUGCUGGAACCAGGUACUUGAAACGAGGAAUAAACGAAAGUGGCAAUGUGGCUAAUGAUGUUGAAACAGAGCAAAUAUUGUCUGAGGACGUUCCUGAAGACCAUCCCAUGCAAAUAAGCUCUGUUGUUCAGAAUCGUGGCUCAAUCCCUCUAUUCUGGUCGCAGGAAACCUCACGGAUGAAUAUUAAGCCGGAUAUAGUAUUGUCAAAAAGGGACCUGAACUAUGAGGCAACUAGACUUCACUUUGAAAACCUUGUAGAGCGAUAUGGAAUCCCCAUCAUUAUUCUGAACUUGAUCAAGACAAAAGAGAGGAGGCCUAGGGAGUCUAUUCUCCGGGCAGAGUUUGCUAAUGCAAUUGACUUUAUAAACAAGGAUCUGCCUGAAGAAUAUCGUCUAAGAUUCCUCCACUGGGACUUGCACAAACAUUUUCAGAGCAAAACAGCAAAUGUAUUGGCACUUCUUGGCAAAGUCGCUACAUGUGCGUUGAUGCUAACAGGGUUCUUUUAUUAUCAAGUUACUCCAGCAAUGAAGCUUGAGGGUUAUAUGAGCUUGUCUUUUUCUGAUGCCGACAUUUCCCCACAUAAUAGUUCUGAUGAUGAUAGUGGGGAAUCUGAUUCCCUAAAGAAGAAUUCUCUCCCGAGUAAGAAUGUUGCUAAUGGCGAUUGUAAUAUCAAGCCUGGCACGCUCCAGAGGGGCGUACUGAGGACCAAUUGCAUAGAUUGCCUUGAUCGUACAAAUGUUGCCCAAUAUGCGUAUGGUUGGGCUGCUCUAGGGCAGCAGCUUCAUGCUCUGGGAAUUAGAGAUGCUCCAACAAUAGAACUUGAUGAUCCUUUGUCUAGUUCAUUAAUGGGGUUAUAUGAGAGAAUGGGAGAUACACUAGCUUACCAGUAUGGUGGAUCUGCAGCACACAACAAGGUUUUCAGUGAGAGGAGAGGCCAAUGGAAAGCAGCAACCCAGUCACAAGAGUUCUUGAGGACUCUGCAACGUUAUUAUAAUAACGCAUAUAUGGAUGCCGAUAAACAAGAUGCCAUUAAUAUAUUUCUUGGUAAUUUCCAACCUGAGCAAGGGAGGCAGGCAGUUUGGGAGUUGCGUUCAGAUUCCCAGUCUAACGGACAAAAUGGAGAGAUAAGCAUGGGGGAAGAUGAAAGGUUCCUUGUGAAGAGGUGUUUAUCAGAUGGGAAUAUUAUCAAUGAAGGUCGCACAACGAUGUCCGCAGUGAGUAGCAAGCAGCGUGAAAGCAUAUCACAUAAAGGGUUCGUGUCAUCAAACCAAGCGACUCACAUAAUUUCAGAAUCAUCACCAGAUAUGCCAACUGCUAGUGAUGUAGGAUUAUCGAGGUGUACUCCGUCAAUGCCUAGCACACAUUAUUUUGGAGAUGCGCAGAAGGUUCAACAUAAUGGUAGUAGCUCCAAUUACUUGUCCGAGCAGGAAGACAUGUCUAGUGUCUCAAAUUUUGUUGAUGUGGAGUGGCUCUCUUCAUCUGAAAAUCUAUGCGAGAACGAUCAAUACAGGUCGUCAGCGCUUACAAGAUAUUCAACCGCAGAAACGUCAUCAUCAGAGAAUAUCAUCAGCGAAGCAAAACAGCCGAGGCCAGCUAAAAGCGAGGGUGGAUCAAGCAGCAGGAAGGGAAAGGAACCGAUGGGAACCGAAAUGUCAGUACACACAAAGAUUCGUGAUGACUUUCCAGAUAGCUUCAAACAAUGGGUAGCAUAUGGAGAAGCAAUCUGCCAUUGA